AUAUUUACAGUACUUGCUCCAAGAAAACCUUUACCACAUCUACUAUCCUUUAUUUGCCCUUGUUUUAAAAUCACCUGUUCCUUAUGGUAUGGUCAUCCUCAUAAGUACAAUUGUACAUUUAAGAAUGGGAAGCUGGGAUACUGCAUUUGGACAUAUAGAGAAUAGAGACUGCAAAUUUUCUGAUAGGUUGCUUUGGUACCUGGAGAUGCAUUUGGGGAUGCUAGCUGCAUUCGCAUUUUCAUAUGCAGCAUCCCUCCCCUGCUUGCAAGCUGCUGUUGGGAGAAUUAAUAAAGCACUUCUUCCCCUCGGGCCUCCUAAUAUUCCUGUUUGGUGCUAACGUCUAAUGCAAAAUGCUGAGUGUAUAGUUGAGGACAAUCAAUAUAUGUUUGAGGUAGAUUUGGUUUGAAAAAAAGAAAUGAGGUAAAAUUGA